GGUUUUGAUUUGUUUCCUUCUAUAUAUGUAUUUGUGGUAGGGUUGCCAACUUUUUAUAAGAACAAUAACGGCUGGAACCGGGGCCAGGUCCGCAGGGGCUCAGAUUGUGGUGUAAAUAGAUGGUUCCAUAAAGAAAAAAGUCACAGAGUCAUGAUGUCAAGGGGUUUGAUUGUGCAUUGUUCAAGCGCUCAGCCUGUCAGACCAGAUGCAUAGAUCCUCCAAAUGGCUAUCCGCAGGCCAAAACAUUGUACAUUUUUCAUACAGUUGUCUUACAGUUUCUUAAAGUGCCACCCAUUUAACUAUUGCUUAAUACACUUCCUACAUAGAAGAGAUUUUCAGCUAAGGGUGUAGCACAAGAAUGUGCCUGAUUCUCCAGUUUUCUAACAUCAACAUAUCUCACUGUUCCGCAUAGAGUUUGUGUCGAGGAGAUUUCAGCUAAAGACUCCAUUGCAUUGAGCUAAAAUAUAUGUUGUUGUGUUUUCUGGAAUUUACAAUUAAGAUACUGUUAAAGAGUUGGCCAGCUGUUUUAUGAAGAACUUUUGACAGAUCAAUUGACAGAGAUGCCCCACGGAUGUUUCAUCAGUCUACUAAUGAUCUAUACCCUUCCCACUCUCCCAGUAGUAUUAUUAAAACAAGUGCAUAUUACGAGUUAUGGUGGGGUUUGUACAUCACCAUGUGCUCAAAAAUCAUAUUCAUAUUACUGGUGUGAGCAAGCAGGUGGAAGCAAUUCAUGGUGGGACUACUGCUCUCCUGAAGAUGGUUAUGAUUACAAGUUCUCCAGGUGUAACUCAAAAUGUCAGUACAAUAAUUAUAAAUAUAGGUGGUGUUGGACAGGGUAUUUGAAAAAAACUUGGGGCUACUGUGGAAAUACCAUAGAGGAGUUUGAGGAACACCAUACUUGGAAAAAUGUUGCUUGUAAAGGUGAGUGUGAUUUGGUAGGAGGAUACUUCGAAUGUACUGAUACAAAUGGAAAGCAAGAUUAUUGUUCUCCAUCUACUGAUGUGACCUACAGAGGAGAGCCAUGCAGAAUAGACCACAGAUGUGGGACUUAUGGUUACACGUACUAUUGGUGUUACACGGAUAAUAGCAAUAACUGGGAUUACUGUGGCAAAAUAAUUAGCAGCUGUGAAGAACAUGAUCCAUUAUUGCAAGGCAGAAGACUCGCAGCUCAAGAAGAAGAGGAAAUAUGCAGAAUUACAGACUCUGGAAAUAGAUGUGUGACUGUGAUUUUAGCCAUUCCUGUUUCUGACAAUGAUUUGCGUCAACCUUCACGUAGGCAAUUUAUGGAAGCUUCGCAUCUUAUGUACAGGGUAAAUGAAAACUUGGUUUUUCCUGAAACUGCACAAACAAUUAUUUCUUCAGAUACUUUGCGGCUGGAUUUACAAGGAACAUUUGUGAUUGACGGAGUUAGGUAUUAUAAUGUUCAAAUUCAAAUAAACGGACCCAGGCAAGGAUCCUCAAGCAUUGCUCAGAUAAUUUUCCCACAGGACCUCGAUACUACUCGUUUUUCAAGAUACAUCAGAAGGGCUCUGCAAAUCAGCAUGCGCAGUGCUUACAACAGACCUCCUGUAAAAGUUAUGAUAAAAACAACAAAGUGGUAGUAGAGUUGGUGAUGAAUACAUGAUGUCAUGCUUACCUAUAUUUCUAUAAGUUGUGUACACUACUUAAAGUCAGUCAAUCAGGUCACUGUAAGUAGACGGGUGGUUGGGGAAGGCAAGGUUUUAGUUUUUAACAUUAGUGCCAGGAAGUUUUUAAAGUGUUCCUGGAACAUAUACUUUUCAUUUUAAAAUGCUUUUGGGAUGCUAGGAAACAUUUUGUAAGAGAAGCAUAACAUUUUAGCACUUCACAAUAACAUAUGACAAACAUGGCCAUUACAGUUACCUGAGAAACAACAAUUGGAGCAAAAUGGAUGGGAUAUUGUUUAAUGUCAGUCUUUUUAGGGCACUAAUUGAUCCAUUGCUGCCCUAUGGGUAUUUACUCACAUGAGCAAACCUAAACACUAAAUCCAGCUCAGCAUGUCACUGCACUCCCUUCAGUAAAGACCCAUAGCGCCUCAUUGAGAUCGCUAUAUAUUAUUUCUCAAUGGUAAUUUAGUAUUCCUUCUCCCAGUGAGAGUUUCCAAAUUACAAACCGAUGUGAGUGCAGUUGCGGCAGUUUCCAAUUGAUAUUGCCGCUUCAAAAAUGAACGGAACCUUGAGAAUGCAAAACUGCCCAUAAAACUGCCCACAAAGCCUUAAGGCUGAUGUCAGACACGGCAUAUUCUCGGCAAGCGUUUUUUUACUACUGUAAAUGCAUCCUACCUGUGCCUACGCCUGAAUGAAUGAGGACCUCCUCUGAUGAAGCACCCAAUGGUGCGAAAUGCGUUAGGAGAGUGGGUACUAUGAGGCAUUGGGAUGCACCUAUCCAUUGUUUGGUAUAGUAUGUUUGCUUUUUUUUUUAAUUUGUUUGUUUAAUUUUGAGACAAUAAAUGUUGU